AUGAUAGAAAAUAGUAGCAACGUAGAAAAAAACAAUCAGUAUAAUAACAAAACUUAUAAGAUAUUAACUUACCCUUUUUAUGAGACUACAGAUGUUAAAAAACCACCAGAAAGUCAAACUACUUCUGAAGGAAUAAUAAAUUCAACGACACAAGAUCCAACAAAUUAUCAAAAAAAUUCUUCAAUAGUUACUUAUUAUUACAUUAUUUUUUUAUUUAUUUUAGUAAUACUUUUUAUUAUAUUCUGUUACUGUCUACAUAAAUUGUGUCGCAGUAAACAACAUUGUUCACAAGAAUCAGUAUCAAUAGAGUUUAAGCAACAAAAAGAUUUACGCAAUGGAAAAAUGAAGAAAAAGCACGUUUACAAUCCUUAUGACCAUAUGAAUACAUGUGAAAAAGAACAAGCAAAAGUAAUGAGAGAUAUAAAAUUUAAUGUUAAUAAAAUUAAUCAAGCAAGAAAAAAAGUAAACAUUACUACAGUAAUGGACAAUAAUCAACCUCAAAUUGAAAUUGAUAAAAUUGCUAAUUUAGAAGAAAAAUCUUUUGAUAAUCCUUUUAAAAUUAAUUCCAUAGUAAAAAAGAAAUCAUACCCUAUUCAAUCUUUUAAAAUUAAAGACGAAACAAGUAAUGAACCUCCUCAUAAAGAUUCUAAAAAAGUUGCUCAGAUAGAUGAACCUCAACUAGUUAAUGAUGUUUAUUUACCAACUCGAAACAUUAGUAUUAAGAAAAAAGUACAAGUUAAUAAUGAUAAACCAAAGAUUAUAAAAAAACCAAGAAUUAUAGAAAAACACUGCAAUUCUAAGGAAUUAAAAGAUACAAAGUUAAAAACAAAAACCGAAUGUACUUGCUAUGAUAAUCAUGAAAACAAAAAAACGGUUACUUUUACAACCAUUGGUGGAGAAGAAAAGUGGAAAACAAUGAAUGCAAAUGAUACAAUCAGUAAUUUUAGUUUCCAAAUUUCCUCAAGAAAUAGUAAUUAA